AUGAAGCUGCUAUAUCUGGCUUUCUUCGUCGUCGGCGCUAGCGCUUUUUACGUCGACAAUGAGUCCGACGCACAGAAGAAAGAAAGGAUAGUCGGAGGCAGAAAAGCUCCCAUUGAAAGUUUGCCCUACCAGGCUCAGUUGCUGCAAAACAACGUGCAAAUUUGCGGCGCCUCUAUAAUUUCCAGACUAUGGAUUCUUACUGCUGCUCAUUGUAUAACCGGAAAGAAUCCGAAAUUCACGGUCAUCACCGGAUCAGCAAGCGUUUCUACGGGAGGAGAUCUUCACCACGUCAGCGAAGUUAUCGUACAUUCCGAGUAUGAUAAGAAUACCCAGGAUAACGAUAUCGCUUUGCUGAAGCUAACAAAACCGAUCGUUUACAAUGAGCGUCAAAAGCCUAUCAAACUUUCCACGAAACCUCCGAAUGCCGGUGACCUCAUGACGAUUUCUGGAUUUGGAAAGAAAGGCGAGGACCAAGGCUACGCCAUCUUCCUGGAGACGGCCAACAUGCCAGUGGUCGAUCACGAGCUGUGCGCCAGAAGGUACAUCGAGGACCCGAUCACAGACAACAUGUUCUGCGCGGGCGUAGGGCCUACUGACGCCUGCCAGGGUGACUCCGGUGGUCCGGGUGUCAUCAAUGGUGAACUUGCUGGUGUUGUCUCCGCUGGCCAGGACUGCGGAUCCACGUACUAUCCUGGUAUCUACACUACGGUCUACAACUACCUCAACUGGAUCGCCCAGCACACCAGAACUCCCACAGUCAGACUGACGAGCAGACCGACGACUGCUAAGUUGACUAGCAUUGUCAUCGACCCUAGCAACACAAUCUUGGGAAAGAUUGUUCAUAAGUUCAUCAAUUUCAUCUAAAAGCCUAUUUCAUAUGAGUUGAUGAUAGAUUGUAACUUUUUUACACGAAAUGACGUAUGCUGCUUGUAUUUUCUUUAUUGAAUAAAAUAUUAGCGAGUACGACUAUAAUAAAGUUUACAGCAUUUUAUUGAUGUAAAUCCUAUCUUCUUUUUGAUAACGCAAUUUUGGACUAGUCUUUGCCCUGCCCUGAUAUACAUUAAUUGUAAAAUAAAUUUAAAAAGACAAUAUACCAAUGAAGCAUUUUCCAAAGUCAUUGUAAAAGCAAUGUAUAACUCUUGUACUUUUUUUUUCUUCUAGGUAAGUCAAUUGAGGUCAAUCUUCAUAUCGCGUACUAAUGAUCACAGAGGAGAAAUUACAAUCGGUAAGCUCUUGCGCAUAUCAGUUCUAUUCGUCAAAUUAAUUUUCGUAUACAAAACAUCGUCGACAAAGCCGCUGCACAAUCACCGAAUCAGCCGUACAAACGGUCCAAUUUCCUUCUGUACAGAACCGAACCAGCACAGCAAAAAGCUAUAUGAACUUCCAAUACAACUCUUCAAUAAGUUCAUUCCGAAAAAAACGCUUUCAUGCACACAAAGUAAAAAUCCGGCGCAUUGCGAUAGCAAAAGCGAGUCUGUGGCUUCAAAGUGUAAUUAUCGUAAAAACGAUAACGACCCGUUUUUUCGCUGCGGAGGACAUCAAGAUUAAUGCGCACACGUACACUCUUUACCUUUUUCGUCGAUAUUCGACUCUACUGGCAGAGAAUCUCUCGAUACGUAUAGGAAGCCGCGGCAGCGCACAGGUGCGCUUUCAAUCGCAAUUCUUCGCUUCCCACAGCUUCCUUCGGCGGCAGCAGCCGCGUGUGUGGCUGCGGUCACUCCAGACGUAUACGAUGCACACUUUGGACUGUAAUUUCGCUGUUUUGGAUCCGCUAGUCAAGCAGGAAGGAAAAGCGGCGCGUCGAGGGAAAGUUGUGGACGUUCGAUUUAUGCGUGUGGCAUUAUUUGACUUUUCGCCCAUUUCAUCGCAAGAUUACAAACACUGAAAAAAAGAAAAGAUCAACAGUGCACCAAGUCCCUUUAUGCAGUUUACGUGCUCCGAGCGGAGAAUCAGCGAGUCGAACAGUACUGUUUUCCGAACUGUUACACGCGUGCGUUUGCGAGUAAGAGUAUACGCAACUGCAUACAUUUCACGGAAGCUCCUCAGUUACCACGAUGCGAUCUGGCCUUUUUUCCCACAGCGGAUGUAUUACGAUUAUCGUAUAAUUUUCUCCUCUUCCUCUCGUUUCGCUGCUCUGUCUAGGCGAGAGGGAACAGGAUUUAGAUGAUGAUUAGAGUCGCAUAUCGGCUUCUCAUUUUGCUUAGCUCUCUAAAACGCGUCGCGUGACGUCAACAAUAAUAGGGCUGCAUUGUGCACUCAUAACUGUGGUUUAACCGUAGUUCCAAGCGGCUUGUGAUGAAGUGAAAUUCAUUGGAUAUAUUUUCCCCCGAACUUUCUUUCCAAAAGAAAUCAAUUUACGUGGCUCGUAUAAGAAAGUCACACAUCGAGCAAGUUCAACGACACCUUCGACAAUACCGAAUUUACGACCUCGCGCGCCCAGAUUCACAAAACUCCGUCUCGUAAAUAAACGUGAAAAUCUUACUCAAGUACACGACGAUCGCGAGAGCCUCCGAAGAAUAAUACAGGCAAGGCUUAUUCCCCCCGGGGUGAAAAUAGAUUUAUCACGACCAUUAGUCAUUCGGGUAUAAAAUACAGAGAGACGAUACAACGCUGCGCGUACGUGUACGCGCGUCGAGCGGUGACCGAUGAAUUUCGGAGAGAGGAAAACAGGUUGCCGUUGUCGCUUUUAAUACGAGGAGGCUGGAGAUGCUCCCUUCGAAAUUCGAGACUCCAAAGGCUGUAAUCUCUCGGCUCGACGCGGGAAUCGGUCGCAUCAGGCCCUUGUACGUCUCGGCUCUUGGAUUGAAAAGAAGUGUCCUCUUCGCGUCGAUGGGAUUUCGAGUCAACGACGUCGUUAUAUGCCUACGCACUGUUACGAAGCUUUUUUAUCACUCGCUGUGGGAUGAUCUUCGGGUUACCUUUGCCUUUUACGAUGCACGUGAAAUGUGGAUUAAAUUUCUGUGAUCGGCUUGACUUUUUUGACGGUUUUGGGCGCGAGCAAUAUAGUGAACCAACAGGUUGUCCUUUGUCAACAUUUUCCAGCGUGAAAUUCGACUCUGGUGCAUCUCGAAUCGUCUGUUCUAACCGUUUAUACAACGUAGGUCUAGCAGUAUUUUCCCGAAGCAUCCCAACAAUCGCGCUGAUCGCCCGCUUGCUUUGACGUACACCUUUUUACACGCCGUAUUCCUGCAGCAUGAAAUUCAAUUAAAGAGCGCUGCAAUAAUCUCCCCCCUGCACGGCAAUUUAUCAUGUUUCUCACAACGCGGAAUUGAAAGGUGACCCUUUUAUUCGCCGUGUGUAUACCUUUAAAAACCGGAAAAAA